CUGCUGCUGCUCCUGCUGGCACGGCCACUCAGGGGCCAGAUGGGCACAUACUGCUAUGGGAUCCCCGGGAUGCCGGGCCUGCCAGGGGCCCCCGGGAAGGAUGGGUAUGACGGACUGCCAGGGCCCAAGGGUGAACCAGCGUCCUCCGCCGACUUGGACCACAGACCCAUGGCUUGUUAGAACCCAGGUUUCCAAAUCUGGAGGUGCAACAAAAUUACCCGCGGAUUUAUUUACAAAACAAAAAGCAGAUCUCUGGAGUCAGACCUGUUAUAGAAGUUUGAGAAGACUACUAUUUCCAGCAAGUUCCAGGCUGUCUUGCAUCUCAGGAGUGCGUCACAGAAGAGCUCUCGGAACCAGGUGAACCUGCAUCGACCUGUUUCACCAAUCAACCUAUUCUGAAAAACUGAAAGCUACUCAAGGUUGAUUCAAGGGCCACAGUGACUCCAGAGGCAGUAGCAGCAGUGUUGGGUUCCCGUGGAAGCGCUCCUAGGGGUGUUCUCCCGGGGGCAGUGGAGGCUCUCACCCCAGGGUCAGGACGGGUCAGGUUCAAGUUCUCAUCAUAGUGUGGGGACCCAGUUCAGUCCUUGUUAGCCCCCUGAGAUCUCUCUCACCCUCCUCAGCAUCGGAAAAAUGGCUGAAGCUAGUAAGCCCGUGAUGAAGAAAGCUUCACAAUCUGUUCCUUUGGAGAGGGGUAAGAGAGAAAAUGAACAAUUCCGUAAACUCUUUAUCGGUGACUUGAGCUCUGAGACCACAGAAGAAAGUCUGUGGAACUAUUACCGGCAGUGGGGAUAUCUUACAGACUGUGUGUUAAUAAGGGACCCUGCCAGCCAAAAAUCAAGAAGAUUUGGUUUCAUCACAUUUUCUUCCAUGGCUGAGCUGGAUGCCGCCAUGGCGGCCAGACCUCAUUUCAUUGAUGGGAAGAUGGUUACGCCCAAACGCGCUGUCCCAAGAGAGGACCAUGGAAAGCUGGGGGCUCUCAUCACUGUGAAGAAGCUGUUUGUUGGUGGAAUUACGGAAGACAUGAAUGAACAUCAUCUUAGAGAUUACUUUGAGAAGUACGGAAAAAUCAACGCCAUUGAGAUAGUUACUGAUGGACAGUCUGGCAAGAAAAGAGGCUUCGGAUUUAUUACUUUUGAGGACCAUGAUCCUGUGGAUAAGAUCGUGUUGCAGAAAAAUCAUACCAUCGAUGGUCAUCGUGCAGAAGUAAGAAAGGCCUUGUCUAGACAAGAGAGGCAAGAAGGCCAACAUUUGAGAAGUCGAGGAGGAGGCGAUGUUGGUUUGGGGUAUUUUCAUGGUGUUGGUGGAAAUGUGGGAGCAGGACGAGGAAGGAACUUCAGAGGAGGAGCCAGUGGGUAUGGAAGAGGGCGUCAGUUUGGGGAUGGCUCUCACAGGUACGGAGGAAGAGCUGAAGGUGGCAGUUGGGGGGUUAGGCCUGGUUACGGGGGAGGACGAGGAGGAUGUGGUGGUGGAGGGUUUUCAGACGGCUACCAGGAUGAGGGCUUCAGAGCCCGUUAUGACAACUAUGGAGGAAGAAGUUACGCAAGUCGCAAUGACAGCGAUUCGGGCAAUCAGAAGCAGAAACCUUCUAAGUACGAUUUACUGAAGAGUGGAAAGUUGAGAGAUAGCAGGAACAUGGGCGGGUCAUAUACUGGAGGAAACCACGAUCCAGGAGGCAGUAGAGGACGUGGGGGUUAUGGAGAGACAAGACAGUGGGGGCCUUCUCAGUGGCCAUGGGCUUGACGGUAUACAGAGGAGGGAAUUACCGCCCAGAGGGAAGAGAGGAGCUGCAGAUGAUCAAAAUAACAGUGCCAAGGAAACUCUCACCUCAGUCAUGCACAGACGCGCAGCGACACGGCAGAAGACCCCUGAGCCAGUACCGAGAGCCACUUUUUGAGUGGACUCAGUCAUGUAGGAACACCAUCUUCCUGUGGAGGAAAGACUUAAAGAAAAUGCUUCUGAGAUGGUUUUUAGCUUUUGAAAUGUUUGUCUUUCUAGCGGUCUCUGGAAGAGUGUAGAAUCAUCCCUUCUUUGAUAAUGUCCCAUUUCCAAGUUUCGGUUGACAUGGGAAACCUUUUUCAAGAUUUUUCUCGAAGAUUUGAAAAACUGCUAGCCAGAAUCAAGGGAUAAUAAGACAUAAUAUCAUUCUUCUUAAGAAAUGUAUUUCAUGUGUAGACUUAAGAAGCUGUUGUACAUUUAAGAUUUAAUAAAAUAAUUCUAAAAAUAAAACAGUAGUGACUUGUCCUCUUUGAACGUUUUGCAUUUUUACCUUUUAAAUGUUUUCCUGUUUUAGGAUAUCAAAAUUUGAAGUGUGCAGUGUAAUGAUAUGACUUACAUAUAUUAUGAAAUGAUUACCAAAACAAUUUUUUUUCUUAUGAUGAUGAAUAUUCUUAGGACUUACUCCCUUAACAACUUUUGUAAUAUCCUACAGCUGUGCUGAGUUUGGUCACCAUAUCUUUUAAAAUGUUGAAUAACAUGUCAUGAACUUAUUGGUCAUUUGUAUAUAUUUUUUGGAUAAGUAUCUAUUCAGUUCCUUGGUCCAUACCACAAUUUGAUAUUUGCUAUUGCGGUGUAUGAGUUUUUGUUAUACAUUACAUGUUUUGUGUUUAUCUUAUAACUGGAAGCUUGUACUUUUCAACAACCUUUAUCCUGUAUUUCCUUCCACCAGUUCUCUGCCCUUGGGAACCACAAACAUGAUUUUUUUUCUGAGUUUAAUCUUUUUUUUUUUUUUUUU